AUGAUUGGGAAGAAGAGAUCUCCUUCACCCUUCCCUCAGAGGUUAGCCAAGUACCAAAAAGAGGAGCAAUACAAGAAGUUCUUAGAAAUGCUAAAACAAAUCCAGCUGUCUGACCCAAGGAGCUUUACAAUCCCAUGCACUAUUGGUGAUUUUGCCUUUGCUAAAGCACUGAAUGAUUUAGGGGCCAACAUUAAUCUUAUGCCCCUGGCCAUUUAUAAGAGGCUGGGUAUUGGAAGAGCUAGACCCAUCUCUAUGUUGUUGCAGUUGGCUGACAGGACGGUAAAACGACCCUCUGGUAUUCUGGAUGACGUGUUGAUUCAGGUAGGGAAAUUUGUGUUUCCUGCAAAUUUUGUAAUCUUAGACUAUAAAGUGGAUGAAGAGAUUCCCAUAAUUUUGGGAAGACCGUUCCUAGCCACGGGGAGAGCUUUAAUUGAUUGUGAAACUGGGGAGUUAAAGAUGAGGUUGAACGAUGAAGAGAUAAUAUUCAACGUGUAG